AUGUAAAAAUAUUCUACAAGGCAACCUUUAAUCCCAAGUUAUCAAAAAGCGAGUAGAUCUUAAUAUGAAUAUGACAAUGACAAAAUCAUCUAAAUCUAAAUAGAUGCAAAUCUUAGGUAAGAUUUGUCUCCUACUCUUUCAAUUAUAAAAACACAUAAUAUAUCUCUGUUAGCUUAAAAUGCAAUUAGAGAGCUUGAAGAUAAUACAUAUCAUUUACUAAAAGAAUAAUAUUCAAAAUAGUCCAUCAUGAUCUUUAAUGGUUUUCACUAAAACUCUUUAAACUCCUGUUUGUGCUUAGCAAUUAAACAACUAGUAUAAAAUACUCCUUAUUUUCAAUUAUAAUAAAUUAUUAGUGAUUUGCUAAGGCUUCUAGAGGAAGUCUAAAAAUUAUAAUAAAAUUAACAGAUCACUAAUGUUUUAGUAAUUUAAUGCUUCCAAAAAGAUUUUCAGAAUGAGAUUUUUCAAGCAACACAAUUGUAUAGCCUUUAUUCCCAACAAAUAUUGAAUAGAAAUGAUAAUUAUCUAUUUAUCAAUUUCUCUGGUCUUAACACUAUUGAAUAGGAUAUUAAGAUGAUGAAGGAACUUAGUUUACUCAAAAAAAGGAAUAUGGAAAUGUAUUAUUUGUCAUUUCACAAAAGAGAGUUUUAAAAAAAAUAAAAAAAACACUUUAAUUCUACUGAAUCGUUUGAAUAAUAUUUUCUGGAAAGUUAAUAGAAUCAUCCAAUCACUUGGCCUUAACUAAAAGCUUACUUAAAACCUAUAUUAAAAAGAAAGAUUAAAUUAUUUAAUCCUAAAGUCUGUGUAUUAUAAUUAUUUGUGUCUUUAAAUAACUUGGAGGAUGAGGAAGGUCUAAUAUUUGAAAACGAUUGUAUUUUGAAAAUUGUUCACUUUUUUAAGAAGUUUUCUUAAGAUAAACUAAUAAUAAAUUUAUUAAUCAAGGAUCAAGAUUCAUCUGCCCCUGUUUCUGUAUCAGAGUCGAUUGAAAUCAACAGCAUUAAUCAUUAAGAUGAAAAAAAUUCUUAACUGGCAAGAAAGAAGUUAUGCUUAAAAUAGGUUAUAAACGCAAUUGAGUAGGGUGUAUUUGGACAUAUGGAUGUGGAUAUAGUUGACAAAAGAAGUUAUGAUUAAACCCUAAUUGAAUUUAAAUGCCAACUAAACUAAUUAAAAAAUUAAGAAUAUUAACAAGUGGUUUAAAGGUCUUUGAAUAAUUUAAUUUGUUAACAGGCAAAUCAAAUUAGAAAUAGUUCUGAACCAGAGAAUUUAGGAUUUCAUUACAUACCCUUUAUUGAUAACAACAGAUCUCUGCUAUUUUUUGAAUUUUAUUAUAAUAACGAUAAAAUCUUGGUAAAUAAUUCUACUUAAGUUUACUUGAAGCAGAAGGAAAAAAUUGUAAUAAUAUUUUAAGUCUAAGAAUUUAAGCUUUAUUAUUGCAAAAUUCAGUGUAAAUGCGUUAAAAAAGAUUGUAAUUUCCUUAAUUUAUAGGAGUAUCUCAAUUUUGAUUAAAUAAAAAAUAAUGAGUUCAUAAAGGCUCCAAUAAUAGCAGUUAUCGAAGACAAAAUAUUCUUAAAUUAUGGUUACUUAGGAGAUUAAAUCUUAGAAUUCAGCAUAAUUGACUAGAAGGUCAUAUUUAAGAAUAGAAUGAAGUUAUCAAAUUUUCCAAAAUUAUUAGAUGUAGAAGAAUAAUAAAAAUAAUACAUUUUAGAACGAGAAGGCGCUAGCGUUUUCUAUAAUUUAUUAGAAAAUAAGGAGGAGAAUCAUUAUUUUAUUGCGGGAGGUGAACUUGGUUAAAAUAGCCCAGUGUGCAAUAUCAUCGAAAGAGUAGUGCCAGAAAAAGAGGGUUUUUCUUCAGGAUUUGUGUCUAAAAGCCUAUUUAAAGUAAGUUUGAAGCCAUUUCAACAUUCUUUAAUUUUGGAGGAUAAUUAGUCUGUAAUUUUUCUUCCUGGAGAUUUUAAUAAAAAACGAUUUAAAUACUCUUAAAUAAUAAAUCAUUAGCACUACCAAUAGGCGUAGAGAUUAAGUUUAGUAAGAAAUAAUUGGGUGUUAGAAAAUAUAAAGAUUGUGUAUGAGAAUGAAGAACUUGGAAGACUUUAUCCAAUUCAUUUAAUGCCAAAAAAUUAAUAGAUUGUUUAUAAUGUUGAAAACGAUCAUUGGAUAGCUUGCUUUUUUGGAUUAUAAAUUCAAUCUGUAGGGUCAACUAAACUAUCUUCUUAACAGAUCUACAUAGAUGAGAUCAAUUAGUUUCAUUAUGAAUCAUCCAAUAGCGGAAAUGAGGGCAACUUAAGUAAUGUAAUUAUAAAAAUGGAAUUCAAAUUCGAUCAAAAUUAACUGAUUACUUCAAUAACUCCAUUUUAAUUCAGAAAGAACAGAACAAUAAUAGAAAAUACUGUCCAAUUAAAAACAGAGUAAAAUGCAUUAUGA